UCAUCAUCAUCAUCAUCAUCAUCAUCAUCAUCAUCAUCAUCAUCAUCAUCAUCAUCAUCAUCAUCAUCAUCAUCAUCAUCAUCAUCAUCAUCAUCAUCAUCAUCAUCAUCAUCAUCAUCAUCAUCAUCAUCAUCAUCAUCAUCAUCAUCAUCAUCAUCAUCAUCAUCAUCAUCAUCAUCAUCAUCAUCAUCAUCAUCAUCAUCAUCAUCAUCAUCAUCAUCAUCAUCAUCAUCAUCAUCAUCAUCAUCAUCAUCAUCAUCAUCAUCAUCAUCAUCAUCAUCAUCAUCAUCAUCAUCAUCAUCAUCAUCAUCAUCAUCAUCAUCAUCAUCAUCAUCAUCAUCAUCAUCAUCAUCAUCAUCAUCAUCAUCAUCAUCAUCAUCAUCAUCAUCAUCAUCAUCAUCAUCAUCAUCAUCAUCAUCAUCAUCAUCAUCAUCAUCAUCAUCAUCAUCAUCAUCAUCAUCAUCAUCAUCAUCAUCAUCAUCAUCAUCAUCAUCAUCAUCAUCAUCAUCAUCAUCAUCAUCAUCAUCAUCAUCAUCAUCAUCAUCAUCAUCAUCAUCAUCAUCAUCAUCAUCAUCAUCAUCAUCAUCAUCAUCAUCAUCAUCAUCAUCAUCAUCAUCAUCAUCAUCAUCAUCAUCAUCAUCAUCAUCAUCAUCAUCAUCAUCAUCAUCAUCAUCAUCAUCAUCAUCAUCAUCAUCAUCAUCAUCAUCAUCAUCAUCAUCAUCAUCAUCAUCAUCAUCAUCAUCAUCAUCAUCAUCAUCAUCAUCAUCAUCAUCAUCAUCAUCAUCAUCAUCAUCAUCAUCAUCAUCAUCAUCAUCAUCAUCAUCAUCAUCAUCAUCAUCAUCAUCAUCAUCAUCAUCAUCAUCAUCAUCAUCAUCAUCAUCAUCAUCAUCAUCAUCAUCAUCAUCAUCAUCAUCAUCAUCAUCAUCAUCAUCAUCAUCAUCAUCAUCAUCAUCAUCAUCAUCAUCAUCAUCAUCAUCAUCAUCAUCAUCAUCAUCAUCAUCAUCAUCAUCAUCAUCAUCAUCAUCAUCAUCAUCAUCAUCAUCAUCAUCAUCAUCAUCAUCAUCAUCAUCAUCAUCAUCAUCAUCAUCAUCAUCAUCAUCAUCAUCAUCAUCAUCAUCAUCAUCAUCAUCAUCAUCAUCAUCAUCAUCAUCAUCAUCAUCAUCAUCAUCAUCAUCAUCAUCAUCAUCAUCAUCAUCAUCAUCAUCAUCAUCAUCAUCAUCAUCAUCAUCAUCAUCAUCAUCAUCAUCAUCAUCAUCAUCAUCAUCAUCAUCAUCAUCAUCAUCAUCAUCAUCAUCAUCAUCAUCAUCAUCAUCAUCAUCAUCAUCAUCAUCAUCAUCAUCAUCAUCAUCAUCAUCAUCAUCAUCAUCAUCAUCAUCAUCAUCAUCAUCAUCAUCAUCAUCAUCAUCAUCAUCAUCAUCAUCAUCAUCAUCAUCAUCAUCAUCAUCAUCAUCAUCAUCAUCAUCAUCAUCAUCAUCAUCAUCAUCAUCAUCAUCAUCAUCAUCAUCAUCAUCAUCAUCAUCAUCAUCAUCAUCAUCAUCAUCAUCAUCAUCAUCAUCAUCAUCAUCAUCAUCAUCAUCAUCAUCAUCAUCAUCAUCAUCAUCAUCAUCAUCAUCAUCAUCAUCAUCAUCAUCAUCAUCAUCAUCAUCAUCAUCAUCAUCAUCAUCAUCAUCAUCAUCAUCAUCAUCAUCAUCAUCAUCAUCAUCAUCAUCAUCAUCAUCAUCAUCAUCAUCAUCAUCAUCAUCAUCAUCAUCAUCAUCAUCAUCAUCAUCAUCAUCAUCAUCAUCAUCAUCAUCAUCAUCAUCAUCAUCAUCAUCAUCAUCAUCAUCAUCAUCAUCAUCAUCAUCAUCAUCAUCAUCAUCAUCAUCAUCAUCAUCAUCAUCAUCAUCAUCAUCAUCAUCAUCAUCAUCAUCAUCAUCAUCAUCAUCAUCAUCAUCAUCAUCAUCAUCAUCAUCAUCAUCAUCAUCAUCAUCAUCAUCAUCAUCAUCAUCAUCAUCAUCAUCAUCAUCAUCAUCAUCAUCAUCAUCAUCAUCAUCAUCAUCAUCAUCAUCAUCAUCAUCAUCAUCAUCAUCAUCAUCAUCAUCAUCAUCAUCAUCAUCAUCAUCAUCAUCAUCAUCAUCAUCAUCAUCAUCAUCAUCAUCAUCAUCAUCAUCAUCAUCAUCAUCAUCAUCAUCAUCAUCAUCAUCAUCAUCAUCAUCAUCAUCAUCAUCAUCAUCAUCAUCAUCAUCAUCAUCAUCAUCAUCAUCAUCAUCAUCAUCAUCAUCAUCAUCAUCAUCAUCAUCAUCAUCAUCAUCAUCAUCAUCAUCAUCAUCAUCAUCAUCAUCAUCAUCAUCAUCAUCAUCAUCAUCAUCAUCAUCAUCAUCAUCAUCAUCAUCAUCAUCAUCAUCAUCAUCAUCAUCAUCAGGGAAAUCUCUCUUCCAGAAAACGGAAGCUCUCUCUCCGGUCCGGCCGAAUCAUCAUCCGCUGGGAAUUCACACUCUCCCAACGGAUACUCUCUGGUAA